AAUUACAUUGAUGAAAAUGCAGGCAGUACAGUUCACACCAGGAGGUCCAGAUCAACUAUUUCUUGCAGAGGUGCCUUUGCCUGAACCCAACGAAAAGGAAGUUCGAAUCAAAGUGUUUGCAUCUGCAAUAAAUAGAGCAGAUACUAUACAGAGAAAGGGAAUGUAUGAUCCACCACCAGGUGUCACCAAUGUAUUAGGACUUGAAGCAGCAGGCGUCAUUGAUAAAGUGGGACCAGGCUGUCCAGAAAACGUUACAGUUGGUCAGAAAGUGUGUGCACUGCUUGCAGGUGGUGGCAAUGCAGAGUAUGUGACUUGUCGUUAUGAACAGGUCAUGCCGAUACCUGACAAUUUAACUUUCAUCGAAGCUGCUGCUAUUCCUGAAGUUUGGCUUACAGCUUUCACAUUACUGGAUCGCGUAGGUAUAAAGAGGACACAGGUUCUCAUUCAUGCUGGUGGAAGUGGAGUGGGGACUGCAGCAGUGCAACUUGUUAAGCAAGCUGGAGCCACUGCUAUUGUUACUGCUGGUAGCCAAGAGAAAAUUGAUUUUGCCAUUUCUUCAGGGGCUGUGGCAGGCAUCAACUAUAAAGAAGGCAGCUUUGCAGAAAAAGUUCUUAAGCUUACAAAUGGAAAAGGCGUCAAUCUGAUCCUUGACUGUGUGGGCGCCUCCAUGUUUGAGGACAAUCUUAAAUCAAUAGCCACAGAUGGACGCUGGGUGCUGUAUGGACUUUUGAGUGGUGGUCAAGUGAAUGUAAACCUGGGCCAGAUGUUGCCCAAGAGAGUUCAUCUGUUAUGUUCUACCUUACGGUUCCGAUCAGUAGAGUUCAAAGCAUCCUUGGUCCGUGAUUUUGCUCAGCAGACCAGCAAGUUAUUUGCAGAUGGAACAUUCCGGCCUGUCAUUUACAAAGUGUUUCUAUUGUCAGAAAUAAUUCAAGCACAUAAAUUGAUGGAAACAAAUGAAAACUUGGGAAAGAUUGUUUUGAAAGUCAGAGAAGAUGAUGUUUAG